GUCAUCCUCCCUGUCUCCGCUCUAGACACGUCAUUUACAUUCAGGAUUUUAGUAGAGUUGCUUAUUCUGAGUCUGUGGAAUGAUGGCUCCAACCACAUUUUCCCUCAGGGAGGUUCUCGCCGUCGCCGAAAUCCACCCCUUCUAUAACCCUGCCGUCAAAUACCCUCCCACCCCAGAAACAAUCAAGUCAGCCGUAGAAUUGGCUGGCAAACAGUCGACGGAUAUUGAUCUCAGUUCACUACCCUUGGUUAGCAAGAAAGAUCUUUACAAAGCCAUUGCACGGCUUACGGACGACACAAGCCCCCAAAAUGAGUACAGACGUAGCUCCUACGUUAGCAUUACGGGCGGAGGCUCUGGUGGACUACCACUGAUGUUUGUGACUGACACCAAAGAAAAUCGCAACCAGCGCGCUGUUUUUGGUGAAUUCCUAAACACUUGUGGAGUGGUUGAGCCUCAUGAUUGGAUCCUGACGACCCACGUCUCCGGACACUUCUACCGGUCUCUCGACCUUCUGAGUGAGAUUCUAGAAAAUGCGGGAGCAACCGUUCUAAGCGCUGGAAACUAUAUGACACCUGCCGAGGUUGUGCAUGCUCUAGCCCACUACCACGUUAAUGUCAUUACUGGUGACGGCAGCCAGGUCAUCCAAAUUGUCCAUCAUAUCUCUACGCUUCCGGCGGAGGAGAGAGCAAAGAUCAAGCUAACCAAGGUUCUGUAUACGUCUGAGCCACUCACCGAGACUCAACGGAGCCACAUCACGGCCACAUUGGGUCCGGUGAAGAUAUGCUCUAUCUGGGGAAGUGCAGAAGCAGGCCCAUGCGCUUUAAGUGACCCCGACCUCACUUCCUCAGAGCGUCCACCCGGCACCAUGGACUUUAUCUUUGACACCCGACAGGUUGUUAUUGAGAUCCUUCCUCAUUCCGCCUCUGAGGCGGAGUCCUCCGCUGGUAUAAAAUCCGUGCCGGAUGGCGAGGAGGGUAUCAUCGUUCAGACCUCUCUCGUACGUCGUCGGAAUCCUCUUGUGCGCUAUAUCACAGGUGAUGUUGGAUCAAUCCAACCGCUGCCAGAGACAGCCCGUGCGGUCGUUCCUGAAUCCGAGCUGAAGCAUCUUCGAGUCCUCCGUCUUCGUGGUCGCGACCGUCGGUUUAGCUUCAAGUGGUUUGGCAUGUAUUUUGAAUUUGAAAAUAUUGUCAGCUUUAUGCAAGGCGAUAAGACCGGAAUCCUUCAAUGGCAGGUGAUUCUAGCAUCUCUUGAAUCAUCUCCCCAGACGAAGCUGGAGAUUCGUCUGCUUCGUCAGGCGGAUAACGAACACAUCAUGACCAAGGAGGAGUUUGUGGAGAAGCUCGAGAAAUUCUUUUUCAUUCUAGCGGAGAACGAGCAUCUUUUCCAGAUAACAUUCCUCGAUGACUUGUCGGGCUUUGAGAAGAGCAGUACUGGAAACAAGGUCAUGAAGUUUGUAGAUAAGUUGCAUUGA